UGGAAGCACCCUCCCAUGCUCGCGUUUGUAUGAAGGCGAUCGGCCGAUUGCGAAGCGAUGCCAGGUUUGGGAAGAAAAACGGAUCGUACUAAUCGAGACGGCAGUGAUGAUGAGCGAACGCCUCUUUUCGAAGCAGACCACCAGCCAUCAACAUCGGGCUCGAUCAACAGCCUUGGAAGCAAUGGAACGAACAAGCGAAUGCGUGAGCUUGGCUCGCUUGAUCUGCUGUCACAGAAAUACGAGAGCCUUGACUAUGACACAUGUGAAAACAGCCUUUAUGUUGAAGAGCAACGGCUGACAACAUUCACGACAAUACGAAACACCAACUGGAAGCGAUGGUUCGUCACCUUCAUCAUCGGCAUUCUCACAGCAUUGACAGCGUGUGCCAUCGACAUUUGCAUUGAAGUCAUAUCGGAGCUCAAGUUCACAUUACUUAAAAAUUGGAUCAACGACUGCAUCCAUAGGGAUUGCAUCAUACUGCCUUAUCUUGGCUGGGUCGGCAUGAACGCAGCUGCUGUUCUGGCUGGUGCUAUCUUGGUGGCCUAUGUUGCGCCCGUGGCCGCAGCGAGUGGCAUCCCGGUGAUCAAGUGCUACCUGAACGGUGUCAAGGUGCCCCAAGUGGUCCGCUUCAAGACUCUGGUCACCAAGGCUGUGGGUGUGGUUCUCUCUGUGGUUGGAGGCCUGGCUGUUGGGAAGGAAGGUCCCAUGAUCCAUUGUGGCUCAGUGAUUGCCGCUGGCAUCUCGCAAGGCAAAAGCACCACGUUUAGGAAGGACCUGAAUGUCUUUCGAGAAUUUCGUGAGGAUCACGAGAAGCGAGACUUCGUCUCUGCCGGUGCAGCUGCCGGAGUGGCUGCUGCUUUUGGAGCACCCGUUGGUGGUGUCCUGUUCAGCUUGGAAGAAGGUGCCAGCUUUUGGAACCAGUCUUUAACAUGGAGGAUUUUCUUCUGCUCGACCAUAUCCGCCUUCUCGUUGAGCGUCAUCCUGAGUGCCUUUCACGGACACGCCGGGGAGCUGUCUUUCUCGGGCCUUGUCAACUUUGGAGAGUUCGAUGAUGUUCAGUGGAGCAUCAUAGAACUACCCAUCUACAUUGUCAUGGGAGCAAUCGGUGGACUUUUGGGUGCCCUCUUCAAUCUUGUGAACUUCAAGCUGACCGUCUUCAGAAUAAGGUACUUGUAUCGGCGGUGGAUCAGGGUGCUCGAAGCCGUUGCCGUGGCGAUAGUGACUGCCUCUGUUGGCUUCCUCAUGAUUGACAUUUCGACCGACUGCCGGCCUCAUCGGGACGACUUUUACGAUAAUGCUCUGCAGUUCAACUGCUCUGACGGCCGGUAUAGUGCGCUGGGAGAAAUCUGGUUCCAGACACCGGAGGCAAGUGUUCGCAGCCUUUUUCACCGACCUGAAGGCACAUGGACAGCACUGACUCUGCUGGCGUUCUUCAUGGUGUACUUCUUACUGAGCUGCUGGACUUACGGGCUGAGUGUCUCCAGUGGAGUGUUCAUCCCUACGCUCCUGGUGGGCGCAGUCUGGGGCCGCCUGCUUGGAAUUGGCGUUCGCAACAUGUUCCCGACAAGUACGUGGGUGAAUCCUGGCAAGUUUGCCCUGAUAGGAGCAGCAGCUACCUUGGGAGGCGUGGUCCGCAUGACGCUCAGUCUGAGCGUCAUCCUGAUCGAGGCGACGCGCAACAUCACUUUUGCCUUACCCAUCAUGAUCGCCCUGACGGUGGCCAAAUGGGUGGGCGACUUCUUCUCUGAGGGUCUUUAUGACAUCCAUCUUCAGUUGGCUGGCGUUCCGUUUUUGGGGUGGGAGGCUCCUUCACGCUCGAGCAACAUCUCGGCCAGGGAGGUGAUGGGCUACCCUGUGGUCACAUUCCGGACUGUGGAGAAUGUUGGCAGGAUCAUAGACGUGCUAGCCUCUUGUCCACACAAUGGAUUCCCCGUGGUGGACACGGCUGAGGAGCGCUCUGGUGAAGAACAUUCGUUUGGCCGUUUCCGGGGCAUUAUUCUUCGGUGGCAGCUUAUUGUCCUUCUUCAGUACAAGAUGUUCCAGAGUGACACUGACGGAGCCUGCCAUCGGCGACUGCGGCUCUCCAACUUUCGAGAUGCAUACCCACGCUACCCGACUAUUCAGCAAGUGCACGUCUCUGUUCGGGAGCGCGAGUACAACAUGGACCUUCAGCCCUUCAUGAACUCGGCUGCCUACACAGUGUCUCACAAUGCAUCACUGCCAAGGAUUUUCAAGCUGUUCAGAGCUCUUGGUCUUCGGCAUCUUGUUGUCGUCGAUGGCAGUAACAUGGUCGUUGGCAUUGUUACGCGCAAGGACCUCGCCCGAUACCGCAUGACAAGCCUCUACGGCCGACUGGGCAUGGAGGAGCUGCACAUAUCUCACGGCUGAUAGUGUCUCCGUGCAAAAGACUCUACGUUGUGAUCUUUGUGUGCUACAAGUGGGUUCGUGGUGUAUCAAGACUCUCGACGUCCAGUCAGUCUGUUCAAUGCAAUGACACUGUCACCUAUGGCUGGAAACGGGCGGCACUGCACAUCAACGCUGUUGUGACAGUCUCCACUCUCAAGAAUAGCAUGUUGCGGAAAUGUGCACAGAGUGCAGAAUUUUGUUGCAGAAAUGUGGCACAGAGUGCAGAAUUUUGAGGAGUUUGAGCCCUUUGGACUCUUCAAGGUGCAUACAGGUUAUUUUUUAUACUAAUCCUGCUUAAGCGGCAUGCAAAUUGCACUCAAAUGUGAUUGUGCAACUUGAAACAACUGAUGUGGUUAUUCACUGAGCACUUGUGUUUAUUAGUAUGAACUGAAUGGAAGGUUUUCUGAAACGCCGAAUACCUGUAUGAACAUCGCUUGGCAACCACCAAUGGAGAGUGCAUAACUACUAUAGAAGGUCUGAACUCUGAUAAUCAAAUUUUCACAAUCUAUGCUUAUGCAAUGCCGAAUGGUCGUUUAUGAAUUGUUCUAUGCUACUAAUAUAAAUUAUAAAUAAGGCCUGACACUUGCUUUAGAUCACCAAUCUGAAAGCUUUUAUCGUUCGACCUGUUUUAUUUGUGUAUGCCUUUUUCACUGCAGGAGAAACACAUACUUGUCGUGGGUGUACUACUAAUAAAACUAGCAAAAAGGUGAAACUGAAGCUGUGAUAACUAAAAUGCAGCAUUCUAGUCUCCUAUUUUGCACACCUUGUUUGCAAUUACGCAAAUUCUCAGUUUCUCUGUAUAUUUCAAGGCAGAUUGUGUUUUAUUCAUUGUUGCGUUUGACAUCCCAGCUCAUUCUAUAUUCUCUUUCUUUAUAAAGAAAUUGUGAACACUGUCAAAGCAAAUUACAAUAUCCCAAUAGACGUAGAUCAUUGUUUUUUUGAUUGUUGAUCAUUGAUGGUGAUUUUUCAUGUUGUGUUCCAAUUUGUAUGUACCCUCUUACAAUGACUGCUUAUUUCUUAUUUGUAAUGAUUGGUUAUUUGUAAUAUGUUUCAUGUUGGACUUUUUAGUCAUCUGUGAGUCAGUGACAGCGUAUUCUUGUCUAAGAGAAUACAUUUGCAAAUGACUAAGGAUUGUGGAUCCAGUUGAAAGUUCAACUGAUAACUGAGGACCUUGCUAGAAUUGCCGCUUCUUUCUUUUUCGACGUAGUUUUGUUGACAGAAAUUCGCAGACCCUAUUCAAAUGGACUUUAUUUUAAUUAAGGCAUGUCUUCUAUAUUUUUCAUUAGUGGUUGUACAUUUACCUGUGUACACAACUCCAGGAGCAUGCACUGUUAUUUGUAAAUAUGUUAUAUAAAGUAUCUACUUGUUUUGCCC